AUGACGCGCUUCCGCCCAUGCAUAGACCUGCACGCCGGCAGCGUCAAGCAGAUCGUUGGCGGCACCCUCAACACGACAACGCCCGACAUCCUCAAGACAAACUUCACCUCCGAGCACCCCUCCGCCUACUACGCCGCCCUGUACAAAAAGCACAACCUAGCCGGCGCACACGUCAUAAUGCUCGGCCCCGGCAACGACGAAGCAGCGCAAUCCGCCCUCGAAGCCUGGAAGAACGGCAUGCAAGUCGGCGGCGGCAUCAACGAGACGAAUGCGCGCGAGUGGAUUGAGCGGGGCGCGGAGAAGGUAAUCAUAACAUCGUACCUCUUCCCCUCCUCAGCGUUCUCCCUCGAGCGUCUACGCGCCGUCCUCGCCGCCCUCGACAACGAUAAAUCACGCCUCGUAAUCGACCUCUCAUGCCGCCGCAAAGACGAGAAAUGGUUCGUCGCGACAAACAAGUGGCAGACAAUCACGGACUUUGAACUCAAUCAAGAUUCCAUAUCCCUCCUCGAACCCCACUGCGCAGAAUUCCUCAUCCACGCCGCCGACGUCGAAGGCCUACAGCGCGGCAUCGACCAUGAGCUCGUCGCCAAACUCGCCCAAUGGUGCCGCAUCCCCGUCACAUACGCGGGCGGCGGCCGGUCGAUUGCCGAUCUCGAGCUCGUCAAGGAGCUGAGCAGUGGCAAGGUGGACUUGACCAUCGGGAGUGCGUUGGAUAUUUUUGGGGGCUCGGGCGUCACGUUCGAGGACUGCGUGCGCUGGAAUGAGGCGCAGGUAUAA